GCCUACCUCCUUUUGGUGCCGGAAUGAGCCCGGGAGGCGAAUUCCAUGGCUGUAGCCAGGGUUGAUAGCUGCAUCUUUGUUUUCAUUCAGCGGCUCCUCCAUCUCUCCGAGAUUCUGGUAUCUUUGCAGCUUUUUCCUUAUCCGGUGACCCCAAGGUGAUGGAGUUUUCCCAGCCUUACAGAAAGGCAGGUGCCAAGCACAGGGGCAGGGUAGCCGGCAUGGCUGCCAGCCUCCCAGUCUUGCUUCUCCUUCAGGCAUUGUCAUGGGCAUCAGGUGCUCGUCCCUGUAUCCCUAAAAGUUUUGGCUACAGCUCCGUGGUCUGUGUCUGCAAUGCCACAUACUGUGACUCCCUCGACCCCCUGACUUUUCCUGCCCUUGGCACCUUCAGCCGCUAUGAGAGCACACGCAGCGGGCGAAGGAUGGAGCUGAGUACUGGGAGCUUCCAGGCCAACCGCACGGGUGCAGGGCUGCUCCUGACCCUGCAGCCAGAGGAAAAAUUCCAGAAAGUGAAGGGGUUUGGAGGGGCCAUGACAGACGCAGCCGCCCUCAACAUCCUUGCUCUGUCACCUUCUGCCCAGGACCUGCUUCUGAAAUCCUACUUCUCUAAAGAAGGAAUUGAAUACAAUAUUAUCCGGGUGCCCAUGGCCAGCUGUGACUUCUCCAUCCGCACCAAUACCUAUGCCGACACCCCCGAGGACUUCCAAUUGCAUAACUUCAGCCUCUUGGAAGAAGACACCAAGCUCAAGAUCCCCCUGAUUCACCGAGCCCUGAAGAUGGCCGAGCGCCAUGUCUCGCUCUUUGCCAGCCCCUGGACUUCACCUACGUGGCUCAAGACCAAUGGGGCAGUGAAUGGGAAAGGGACACUCAAAGGUCAACCAGGGAAUAUCUACCAUCAGACCUGGGCCAGAUACUUUGUGAAGUUCUUGGAUGCCUAUGCUGAGAAUAAAUUACAGUUCUGGGCAGUGACAGCCGAGAAUGAGCCUUCAGCAGGGAUGAUCAGUGGGUACCCCUUCCAAUGCCUGGGCUUUACCGCUGAACACCAGCGAGAUUUCAUCGCUCGUGACCUGGGUCCUGCCCUUGCCAACAGUAGUCAUAAAGAUGUCCGCUUGCUGAUAUUGGAUGACCAGCGUUUGCUGCUGCCCCGCUGGGCACAGGUGGUACUCACAGACCCAGAGGCAGCUAAGUACGUUCAUGGCAUCGCUGUACACUGGUACCUGGACUUUCUGGCUCCAGCGAAAGCUACCCUAGGGGCGACACACCGCUUAUUCCCCAACAUUACCCUCUUCGCCUCAGAGGCCUGUGUGGGCUCCAAGUUCUGGGAACAGAGUGUGCGGCUGGGCUCCUGGGACCGCGGGAUGCAGUACAGCCACAGCAUCAUCACGAACCUCCUCUACCAUGUGGUCGGCUGGACUGACUGGAAUAUUGCCCUGAACCCCGAGGGGGGCCCCAACUGGGUGCGCAACUUUGUCGACAGUCCCAUCAUCGUGGAUAUCGCCAAGGAUACAUUUUACAAACAGCCCAUGUUCUACCACCUUGGCCAUUUCAGUAAAUUCAUUCCUGAGGGCUCCCAAAGAGUGGGGCUGAUGGUCAGUGACAAGAAUGACCUGGACACAGUGGCCCUGUUGCAUCCCAACGGCUCUGCGGUCGUGGUUGUACUCAAUCGCUCCUCCAAGGACGUGCCUCUUACCAUUAAGGAUCCUGCCAUGGGCUUCCUGGAAACGAUCUCACCUGGUUACUCCAUCCACACUUAUGUGUGGCGUCGCCAGUGAUGGAAGAAGCAGACACCCCAGGAGGCAUGGGCAUUAAAGGGACAAAGACAGCAUACAUGCUGUGAUUCCACAGGACUGCAGCGGGGCAGGGGGAUGAAGCAGCUACCAGUGGUGUGACCCCAGGGGCAGCAGCUUAGGUGACUUAUUUCCCCCCUUUAGUUGGUGCUAGGGGCUAGAGCCCCCUAAAACACCCACCAGUGGAAAGAUCAGGAAGCCCUGGGGGACCCAACCCUGCGCGUGUAUAAGCGUGUGCUGUGCUACGUGUUGGUUGCCUGUGGAAGUUGGGUCCAGGCCCAGGCUAAGCUCACUGUAUAAACACAAGUAGGGGUGUAGGGAGGGGGGUGCAGGGAAGAUGUUGCUUAAGGGAAAGAAAAAAGAGACAGGGAAGUUGGAUGCAAAACUGAAGAAAAACAGGACUGUAUCUUUGCUGGAGAUGCAGAAUGGAGCUAUGCAGAAAUAAUGUAGGAGGUUCCAUUGCCUUUUUUGGUGCCUUUUCUGGCCAAAGACAGAAACAAAACAAAACAAAAAACAGGCAGCCCUCUAAAGAGAGGACAUUUGAUCCCA